AUGAGUGAAGAGGAGCGCACCAGCCGAAGGGACAGAAAGAGCGGAACGAGCAGCCGCAGAGGAAAAGAUCGUGAUAGAGGCAAGGAUCGUGAUAGGGAUCGUGAUAGGGAUCGUGAUCGUGAUAAGGACCGCGAUAAGGACCGCGACCGCGAUAAGGACCACGAUAGACGCAAGGACAAGCUCUCCAGUACUGACCGCAAGAGCAGCAGACGUCACCACAGCGACAAGUCUUCUUCUAAAGAUCAUCGAAGCAGCAGCAGACGCCACGCUUCUUCGAAGGGUAGGUCUCCCUCCAGAAGCAGCACCAAGCCUGUCCCAGUACCCUCGUCCCCUCUCCGAACCAGCAAGCGUUCUAGUGAAGCAGCGUCUCCUUCGAGAAGCAAGCAUGCUAAAGGAACAGACUCAGACGCAGAAGCACACACCAAGGAAGAAAAGUUGCUUUUUGUUGGUGAUGAUGAUGAUGAUGCGAAAGCCAAGGCAAAAGCAUCUGGAGGCGAACGAGCUACCACGCCUGGUAUUCAAGUCGUGGAAGAAAACAAGCCAUCAUCCUCCGCUUCAAAACCAUCCAAGAGCAAAUCCAAGCGAUCUUCGAGACCUUCUCGUGGAGGAGCUGCGGCCGUGGGAGCUGCGGCUGGUGUGGGUGGCGCGACUGCCCUUAUGAUGAACGAUGACAAGAACAAGCACAGCAAGAAGGAUCUCAUGGAUAUGGAUUCUCUUGCUGUUCCCAACGAUGCAAUGGAAACUGCUGGACCUGAUGAAAAGACCAACAAGCGCAAGUCCAAGCAAGAAAAGAAGGAAGAAGAAGAAGAAGAGGAAAAGAAGAAAAAGAGAAAGAGAGCCAUCCUUUUGUGUCUCUGCCUAUUGCUCCUCAUCCUCGCCAUUGUGCUUGGCGUCAUCUUUGGGUUGCGCGGAGGUGAAGAUGAAGUCGCGUCUCUCCAAGAUACUCCUGCCAACGGGUCGGCAUUCCCAUCUGGAUCCCCUUCUGGGGCUCCUUCGGAAGGUCCUACAGCCACCUUUCAACUCUACGAUCCACCAAGUCUGGAAGACUGUGAACUCGUGGCCCUGAACCGUACUUCCCCCGAGGAACGAGCCGAGUUGGAUCAAUUUAAUUUUGGUCUUACCAUUGAUGUCACUUUGGAAACGGAGGAAGACAUCAAUGCCACUCAAGUCGUUACCCUUGCCUCAGCCAUUCAACAGAAGCUUGUUCCUCUUUUGAUUGGUUGUUCUGACAUCAGUCGUCGCAACUUGGUAGAGACAGAUACUUUCAUGAUCCGAGGUGCCUCUCAGAACCAGAGACUUCUUGCGUUUGGCGAGAAUCUUCGUGAGAAACGCUAUGUGAUUAGGGAUGCCUUUGUCCAGGGAACGCCACAGGACGCUGACUGUACCGAAACUCGAUUCACGGCGCAAUGCCACAGAGUGUUUUUUGAACUCUCCGUAUUCUUGAAGGGACCAAUUCCACUCUUUCAGAUUAUCACAUUGAUCUCCGAAGCUGAGAAAGAAUUGAUUGCGGAAGGUGAAGAAAAUAACUUGAAAGUUCCAUUGGAAUUGGAGUUUCCCUUCUUUGCCGUUCGAUUGGUUGAAGGUAUUAGUAACCUCUCACCAACAACGGCACCUUCUUCGAUGCCAACGGGAAUUCCAAGCAUCCCACCUUCGGAUGUGCCAUCCGAAACUCCCACUGGAGGUUCUGGUUCUGGAGGUCCUGGUGGUGGUCCUGGUGGUGGUCCUGGUGGUGGUCCUGGUGGUGGUCCUGGAGGUCCCGGUGCUCCAACAGCUCCAACACUAGCUCCCGUUAUUGGCGAAGGUGAAGGAAGUAUGCAGCCUAGUUCCGUUCCUUCCGAGUCUCCAUCUGAAUUUCCAACUUCGGCUCCGGUAUCUGGUCCAACACUUCCACCAACACCACGUCCUACUGCAUUGCCAUCUUUUUCACCAAGUCUUGUGCCUACAAUUCCCCCUUCUUCGGCACCGACACUGGCUCCUGUGAUUGGUCCAACUCCUCCACCGUCGAGCCAACCCAGCGUAGUACCAUCUGUUGGACCGAGUUUGGUUCCAACACCUGUGGCAAGUAAUGCACCAUCUAUGAAUCCAUCAUCCAAGCCGAGUAGGGCUCCUUCUUCCCUACCAUCAAUGAGGCCAUCAAUGAGGCCAUCUUCCAAUCCAUCAACGAAGCCAUCAACGAAACCAUCUGUCGCUCCGUCAAUGAAGCCUUCUAUGGUUCCUUCGGAAGCUCCCAGUGGAUCUCCGUCAGCCAAAUUAUGCUACUGUUUGCUGUCAGACUCCUGUGACAGUCCCAUUUCUCGCGUUACGAUUGGUUGUGGUUCUUGCGCUGCUAGCCAAUCUUGUGUGAAUCUAUCUGGAACAGGAACAAUUGGAGAGAAUUCUUGCCUCGAGGCAAACGCUUGCGAUGGAACAACUCUGGGCACUAUUGGCGAUGGCAGCUGUACUCUGGCGAAUGCAUGCAAUGGCGCAGACGUGGGUACCAUUGCCGGUGGUAGUUGCACCGGAUUGGAUGCUUGCAAUGGCGCUACCGGGACGAGGAUCCUCGGCGGUAGCUGCCUUGUUACAAAUUCUUGUAAAGGCGCACAAGUGGAUACCAUUGCCGCCGGUAGCUGCACCGGAUUGAAUGCUUGCACUGACGCUGACGGAACAGGAAUCGGCGCUGGUAGCUGCCUUGCUGAAAAUUCUUGCAAUGCCGCACAAGUGGAUACCAUUGCCGCCGGUAGCUGCACUCGAUUGAAUGCUUGCACUAACGCUGACGGAACAGGAAUCGGCGCUGGUAGCUGCCUUGCUGAAAAUUCUUGCAAUGGAGCGACGACGGAUAUUGGCACCGGAAGCUGCACAGCAGCAAGAAGUUGUGCUCUGCGGGAAAUAACAGCUGGUGAUGGGAGUUGCGUUGGAGCAAAUUCGUGUCGGAAUGAUGCGAAUGGAUCGCUCGGUGCUCUGGAUGUUGGAGCUGGCUCCUGUGCCAGUGCUUACGGAUGUUUCUCACAAAGUGGAACAGCAGGAGAUAGGUCUUGUCUCGGUGAUUAUGCAUGUGCAGGACGGAGUAUACUGACUAUUGGAGAAGGCAGCUGCAUAGAGGCCAACUCUUGCUCAGGUGAAGAAUAUGCAUCGGGCACCGUACCCUCUACCUUUGCGAAACCAAUCACAGUGGGAGCAGGUACUUGUACAGUAUCAGGUUCCUGUCGCGGACGCGAGUUGGAUGCUGGUGCGGCUAGCUGCACUGCUGCUUAUAGCUGUGAUGGCUUUGGCAACCAGGGCGGUACUAUCAAAUUAGAUCCUUCCAAGACAGGGGCACUCACUGUGGGGGAUGGUUCGUGUACCGGCUCGAACGGGUGUUUGUCGUAUAGUGGGAAAGUCGAGGCAACAUCCUGCAUAGGCGAGAAUGCGUGUGCCGGACGAAAUGUAUUGACUAUUGGAGAAGACAGCUGCAAGGGAGUAGGCGCUUGCUCAGGUUUAGUAAGAGAUCAAGGGAACGAUAUAGUUCCAACUGAUCCUGCAGCCAUUAGAUCGAUGACAGUCGGCAGCGGCAGUUGCAAUUGCGAUGGUUGUUGCGCGUGCAUGACAAUUGUCCCUGCUAACAGCUGUAACGCAGUUGGCAACAACGCAGUAGCCGCAUCAAACGGCGCGUGUUGCAAAGCUAACGGUGACCCCAUUUUCACCGCCAUACCGGGAAUCUUAGAAUAA